CAACAAUGUAAGGCCUUUCGACAAGUCAGGAGAAAGAGUUGUGAUAGUGGCGGGAUGGCAGGGGGGGAGCAGGGCAGUUUUUGAAGUGGAAACUCGAGGAUAAAGGUUAAUGUGACUGACUGCCUCUGUUUCCAGAGAGGAGUGGAUGUCCAGGCUGGGUACAGGAGACAGGAGCAGAGGACACUGGUUCUUUGGCUGAAGUGCUUCAGCUGCUAUGGUGUUUGAUAACGGCCUGAGACCUCCACAGCUAUGAUGAGCAUGCUUAUGUGUCUGGGUUGUGUGCUACUGGACCUCAUGACUGUCCACAGCCAUGUGCUCAUGCAGGGCCGUAUCGUAGGCGGGCACACCGCUGCGCCAAACUCCAUCAAAUACAUUGUGUCCCUACAGAGCACCAGGGGCCAGCAUUUCUGCGGUGGAUCACUGGUUCACAGAUACUGGGUGCUGACCGCAGCGCACUGUAACAUCGGAGCGGAGCACAUGAUGAUAGUGGCAGGCGACUACGUUGUAAAUACCUUUGAGGGUACCGAGCAGUACGCUAAACCCCACAGACUGGUCACCCACCCCCUCUACAACAGGAGCACCAACAACGCUGACAUCAUGCUCAUUAAGUUGCGAGCGCCCAUGGUGCUGAACAAAUACGUGUCGCUGGCGCCUCUGCCCAGGCAGGGGACAGGAGUGGUCGAAGGCUUCGUGUGUCGGGUGUCUGGAUGGGGCUACCACAGCCUGGGUGGAAGCCAGGCCCCCUUCACCCUGAGGACAGUCGCAGUGCCCAUCGUGUCGACUGCCAGGUGUAACAGCAGCGAGUCCUUUAACGGGAACAUCACAGCAAACAUGAUCUGUGCCGGCUACGUGACUGGAGGAAAAGAUGCGUGCAAGGGAGACUCUGGAGGGCCGCUGGUGUGCGGGGGGCGUGUCUAUGGUGUCGUCUCCUGGGGCAACGGCUGCGGUGAUGCUAAAUUUCCAGGAGUCUACACGGCCGUGUCCAGAUUCCGCCGAUGGAUAGAUCAAACCAUCUACCAGCCACACCAACGCUGCACAAGAUACUGAUGACGGUGAUACAACAAUCCCCUGAAAAUGUUUGUGCUAACAUGGACCUAAGGUGCUUCUGUGGACCACUGAUCUGAUUAAUCUGAUCAUGUUUUCAACACCAAUGUAAUGGUCAUGUAUUCUCUAUAACUACCUACCUGUGAACAUUUCCAGCUUCAGUAACUGUGAGAACCCGAGUGGGAGUUUUAUAAGCCUGUUCUAUAUGUAAAUCAGGAGAAGUUUGUAACUUGUUACUAAAACACCUUUUUAUGGAAAUAAAUAUUCAAAUUCAGAAUA